CAUUUUAAUUCCCCCAUGACAUUAAAUCACAGCCUUCGAUCAAAAACCAAUCCAACGGUUGACAUCAAAAGAUAUCUCUUUCCCUAUUUCAAACCUACAAACCCUAACUCAAAUUUUUUCUCCAACUUCCGCCUCUAUCUCUCCACCUCUCUUUCUCUCUCUCUACAAACACCUCCAAAUCUCGAUCUCCCCCCCCUCCUCCGAUCUCUCCGUCACCAUUCGACCACCAAAACCACCCCCUCCGCUCCGAGUCCUCGUCGCCAUGCCGCCAUCUCCGACGAACAGCCUUCGCCGUCGCCUCUUCCUUCUCCUCCAUACGCGCCGCCAGCUCCUACCCCAGGCGAGUCCAGCCGCUGCUCCGAUGGCCAGCCCCCUCCCUUCUCGUCCUCCACUGGCGAACAUCGCCGCCAUCGAUGGAGACGGCCAGCCAAGCCUCCACGCCGCCGCUCCAUCCUCCAGUCGCCUUCUUUCUCUCCUCCGGUGAAUGUCCAACAGCAGCGACAGAGCCUCGAAUCCUCUCCCAUAGCGAUACCUCCGGCAAACCCCUUCGGCAUUCCAACCAUGCAACCCUUCCUCAUCGAAAAUGAAGAAUCUGUCUUCAGUUCUUUUUCCCCAUUUUCUUCCAGAGGACAAAGUGCUUGCUGAAUCAGUGGACUCUGUUGAUGAUGAACCACUCUUUCCAAAACCUGAUAGAGAUAAUUCGGAUUGUGAGACCUCGUUAUGCACCAGGUGGAGUUGCAGAGAACUGAUUCAUAACGUUUCUGGAGUGCUCAG